AUGCUAGGCGCAUACGUCUGCAGACAAUGCAGAGGACGGAUCGCGCGACGCGUUACGCCCCCACGACAUCGACUCCAACACUGGCAGCCACGAGCCACAUUUACAUCGCUACGACGCCAAACCCCACCGGAAAGCUCGCAAGAGCAGGCAAUGAACCAAAAAGAUGACGAAACUCAGAAGCGCCCGCCAAUACCGCGCACGGAAAGUUAUAAGGCACCAUCUGCGCAAAGCAGCGCAAGCAGAUAUUUACAUCUCUUGAAAGAGACAGCGCAUGGUGAGAAACAGUCUACCAUCACAUAUCCAGAUGGAUAUGAACCAAAAGAUGUCCCAAUCGCUUUUGAGGGCAGUGCUAGGAUCGCAGAACCUAGCUACGCAAGGAAGAUCGCGAAUGCGCUCUUGCUCAAUCGAGAUCUCAACACAGCCUGGGCAUUGUUCGAGGCAACAUACACAUCUAGGGACUGCAAAGCACUCACCCAACCUAGCAUCCCUGAUAUUGCCCUGUUGAAGGACGGUACAAUAUUCCUCCUACUCCUCACCACUGUAAACCUUGCUUUCUGCAGAGGAGAUACGCAUUUACCGGUGACACCGACACAGUUGUUGUUCCGGUAUGAACAACUGGGCAUAGCUCGUCCGGAGUAUUGGGUUCGACAAACGCUUGCAUACCUGACAUACCAAGCAAUAGAAGCCGCCAACACUGCAGCCGAGCACCGACAACAAAUUCUGCCUGUCUUGCUACACGAGCUCAUCUCUUUGUGGCGUCUGUUCUUCCAAUGCAAAGGUAUCAACAAGGACGAAUUGCAAUCUAUCAGCACGGAAUGGAACCUUUCCCCCGCCAAAUCAAUGACGGAGGACACUGAAACCAAGAACUUUGGCUUGCGGCUCCAAAAAUAUCUUCCUAGAUUCGUGGGUAAUUCAACGCUGGGAUUCUGUGCUGUUUACUUGUAUAGCAUUUCCGACGCCUUGAUGUCUGCGGAAUCGCUUAAGCAAGAAGCUACGCCUCUACUACACUUUUUUGAGCGCCUACUGGCUGGGUCACAUGUCGACUAUAUCUACCGUCAUACAGAAUACUCGUCAGCCUGGAACGCCUUGUCCCCAGACGUCCGGCAGCAGAUUAUGCAGGAGAUUGAUCGAAUGCCUUCACGAGCCUUGAUCAGGCUUGGAGCAAGUGGAGGUACCUUGGCCGAAAAUAAAGGAGAUGAGGCUGCCAAUCUCGAAGCUUUCUACCUCAAACGCAUAGCACGCGCGGUAGAGUCGACAACGUCAUCAGUUAAUCUUAAAACCACCUGGACGCAAGUACAAGACGCUUUCACCUCCGAAGGUCAAAAACCCGCCAUCCCACCAUUAGUAUACAAUGCUUUACUGUCAGGUUUUAUGAAACUCCACAGAUCUUCACAGUGUGUCGAAGUCUGGAACCACAUGAUCGCACAUGGUGUUCAGCCCACUUCACGAACUUGGGUUGCACUGUUGGAUGGCUGUGUAAAGGCAAAGGAUCUUGACGGUAUGGACGAAAUGUGGCAGCGGAUGCUUCACACUGGUCUAGAACCAGACGAUUACCUGUGGACAGUACGAGUCAACGGCCUCAUAUCCCUUCGCCAAGUCAGCCGUGGUCUCAUGGCCCUCGAUGAAAUGGGCAAGAAGUGGUUGGCGGCAGAGAAGAUCGCCACGACGACUAAACCCAAAAUGGUAAACAAAGUCACAAAGCCCACCAUUGAAGUCGUCAACGGUGCACUAUCUGCCAUUGUCCGAAUCCGUCCCGAUAAUAUGAGCCACGGCAAGAAACUCGAAUUCGUACAAAAGAUCAUUGGUUGGGCUGGUAGCUUCAACAUCCGUCCCGAUGCCCGCACCUAUAAUUCUAUAAUCCGCUUAUACCUGGACGCAAACGACUACUCCAAUGCCUUCAAAGUGCUGCGGAAAAUGGAAGCUGACGGUGUAACUGUUGACAUCGCUACACAUACCAUGAUAGUGAGCGCAGCAUUUGACAGCGCAUCAUUCGAUAGCCUGUCUGCAUCGGAACAAACGUCGCGCAUGCUCUCGCAUCUCAACAGCGUUGAAGCGAGUGGUGUCAAACUCAACGAUCACAUCUACAGCAUAGCUCUCGAUCGAAUGCUGAAGCAGUACAACAAUGCCGAUGCGGCAAGAGCCGUUAUAGAUCAUUUGACAGCGAGGAAACUCGUGCCUAGUGCAGCUAUCUACACCAGUCUCGCAUCCUUCUACUUCCAGCAAGAACCACCAAACAUCUUGGCAGUGGAUGGCCUGGUCCACCAAAUCUUCACCUCACAUCGCGUCCCCAGCGACGCCAUCCUCUACGAUCGUCUGAUGGAGGGCUAUGCAAUGAAUGGCGAAGUGGGCAAGAUGAUGAGUGUGCUCGCACGCAUGACCAGGUUUGGAACACCAACGGGCUGGCAAACACUAACCAAAGUCGUACUCGCGCUCUUUGAAAACGGAGACUUUGAGCGCGCGAGAAAAGUGGUGUCUGAUAUUAUGCGUGUCGAGGGUGUUGCUGAAGGCGGCAUCCUGGGCGGCCCUCAGGGAGAGAAAAGAUUUUUCGCCAUGUUGGAGAGUAUUGGGUUGGGGGCUGAGGAGAUGGAUGGCAGGCGCGACAGUGAGGGUCCUGCGCGGUGGAGAAGGACUCAGAGGAUAGAUCCAGACGAUAUGGCGGACUCGCAGAGUGUGUUAAGGGAUCAGUCACAGGAUGCUGUAUCGUCGGUGCAGGAGCAGGUGCGGCAGCGUGGAGAUGUGGAGAACGAGGAUGUCCACGGCUUUUUAUCGUCUGAGCAGGAGACGGCGCAGUAUCGCGCUUGA